CAUUCUCAACGCGCUCGCAAUGCCCGUCCCGGCAGCAAAUGGCUGCUGCCUUGAUAGCCAGCAGGAGGAAGAUCAGCAUACCCUGAAGAAUUCGACCUAUCCCGAGUAUCUGUGGCAGGGCAACCUUCAGGGCUUGAGGAGCUCCUGGGCUGCUAGAGAUUGCCUCAUCUCGGAAUUCCUACUCUACCUUACAGACUAUCAAGAUGUUCCAGGUCCGGUCGCCGGCGAGCCUGUCGUCACUGACAGCGGCCGCAACUGGCUCACGCUGUCCUGGCCCAAGUGUGAAGUCCGUGGAGGCGCCCCUGUCCUCGCCUACCGAGUUGAAGCGUGGCCCCUCGGAGGAGACGGUGGAGCCCGCUGGAUCGAGAUGGGCGUUUCCCCUAUCAACACGUUCGAUGCCUUCAACCUGAAGCCGGGAGCAGAGUACAAGUUCCGGGUGACGCCCAGGAACCGAUAUGGGUGGGGCGAAUCCGUCAUCACGACGGCUCCCGUAGUGGUCGGGCACAAAGUGGAGCUGCCCGAAUUCACCAAGAUCUUGCCAGGACAGCAAAAGGCGCUACAGGGCUCCAACGUCCGCCUGGAAUGCCAGGUGCGGGGUGAUCCAGUCCCAGAAGUGAACUGGUACCGGGACGGUAUGGAACUGAACGACCCAAGGUUCGUGACACACUUCGACGGAUUGCAUUCCUGCAGCCUGACCAUUCAGGAACUGAGGGACGGAGAUUCUGGGCGCUAUAUGUGCGAGGCGACCAACAAGGUGGGCCGUGUCUCCACCUUCGCUAGGCUCCUUGUCAUCAACGACCCCAAGAUUUUGGAGGCAGACCACAAGCUCAAGCGUGGAAUCCAGGACGACCAGGAGCCAGACGCCGACACGCCACCACAGUUCACUAUGCGUCUCCGUGACCGCCGUGUACAGAUGACGUACCCGGUAAGGCUGACUUGCCAGGUCGUUGGACGCCCAGCGCCAGAACUCACCUGGAGCAAGGACGGAGAGGCGCUCAAACAAGACGAUCACCACGUUUUCUGGAGCGAGGAGAACUUCCACACGCUAGAGAUGAGUCACACCAGACUGGAGGACUCCGGCUGCUACUCGGCUACCGCGCGGAACACCAAUGGCGCCGUGUCAUGCCGUUGUCAUCUGGUGGUGGACAAGGGCAUCCGUGCAUACGUCGCUCCGGAGUUUCUAUUCGAGCUGGACCCAGAGCACAGCGUCCGCGAGGGGGGCGAAUUGCGACUGUCGGCCCAAGUGGAGGCCUAUCCCACAGUGGGCGUUAUGUGGCACCGCGAUGGAGUGCGUCUGCGCCCAAGUCGUCGCAUUGUGAUGACUUUAAAUCACGACGGCACCGUCGAGCUAGCACUGGCUGGAAUCUCGGCUCGCGACGCCGGCGUCUACAGCUGCACGGCGACGAAUGAGGUUGGUCGCGCCGAGACCUCAACACGAGUGAGCGUACAAGUGACGGAUGCCCCGCCCAUCGCCAAGCUGCCCACUGUAAUUGGACCCGAGAUCCCAUACUCCAAGGUGCCAUUGUUCGUGACUAAACCGAGGUCAACUGAAGCUGUUGAAGGCGACACGGUCAUUAUCCUGUGCGAGGUCGUCGGUGACCCCAAACCUGAAGUCAUAUGGCUCCGGGACUGGCUCAAGCCCGACUAUUAUCGGGACUCCCCGCAUUUCCGCCGGGUGGGUGACGGACCGCAGUACCGACUGGAGAUCCCGCGCGCAAAGCUCGACUUCACCGGCGCCUACUCUGUCAUCGCCCGCAACUGCCAUGGAGAGGCCAAAGCCGUGAUAUCCCUCCAGAUCUACGCCAAGGGUCAAGGCAAAGGAGACGACAUGGACCACAGUUCCGUGAAGCACGGUAAGGUGCAGACUUUGCCGGUCAUCAAGCGGGAGCUGAAGGACCUUCGCUGCUGCGACGGAGAUGCAGUGGCGCUUGAAUGUUGCGUGCAGGCCACCCCGACGCCCGACAUCCGGUGGGAGAAGGGUGGCAGACUGUUGCCUUUGGGCGGGGACUUCAGUGCCGAGUUAGACGGAGAUACGGCCCGCCUGCACAUCCAGCAGGUGUAUCCUGAGGAUGAAGGCGAGUACACCUGCGUCGCGUACAAUGAGCUGGGACGCGCCCUCACCUCUGCCUGUCUAGUCGUUGAUGUACCUGAAGAGAAGGAGACGCUCCUCAACAGACAGUUGUCUCGACCUGUGGGGCUCUUAUCAGCGGGCUCCACCCCAAGGUCCACCCCUAGGACAACUCCUACCCGCAGCAAAUCACCGUCCAUACCUCGACAACGUGACAGAGAAGGAACUCCCUCCGGGUACAUCCACGAAGAGAGCAGACCGCGUCGGCUGAAGGUCACAGCCCCCAAAUUCUACGCGGUUCCUCACAACCGGAUAGCAGAAGAGGGCGAGACGGUGCGCUUCCAGUGUGCCAUUGCGGGCCACCCCACGCCUUGGGUUACGUGGGAUAAGGAUGGCCUCCUGGUCACUCCCAGUGCUCGCCUCACCCUCUCAGAGCGCGAUGACCUGAGGAUCCUCGAGAUAUCAGAGGUGACUGUCGAAGAUGCGGGCUUCUAUCGCAUCACCCUUGAGAACGAAGUGGGCCGCGUGGAGGCCAGCGCACGGCUGGAAGUCAUCGGACACAACAGUGGGAGGUCGCAUGUUGUGCGGGCCUGCAGCGCGUCACCAAGAGCGUCCCCAACUUUCGGGCGUCGUCUCAUAGGUUCAGCGGCUCGCGUGGGAGGAAGACUCACCCUGGCUUGCGACAUCAGGGGCUCUCCGACGCCGUCCUCCAAGUGGUACAGGAACGGAGACUUGGUGGUGCGUUCGUCCAGAGUGACUCCCACAUGGGAUGGGCGUACUGCGCGCCUGGAAGUUGAACCUCUGGAACUGGAGGACGCAGGCAUGUACACGUGUGUGGCGGAAAACGAGGUGGGCAGAACGAGAUGCUCUGCCAGACUAGUUGUUCUAGAUGAGGACGACCCCAGUCAGGAAGACAAGCAGCCGCCAGUUUUCUUGCAGAAUCUGCUUCCGGAAACAGUGGCAAUGGACGGCGAUAUGUUGGAGCUCCAGGUGCGGCUGCAAGGGACGCCGCCUCUGGACGUUAUAUGGGUGAAGGACGGCAUGGAGAUUCCAGACUGUGAGGAUUUCCGAUACGUGGACCAUGGCGACGGCCGCUUCGGUCUGCGCCUGGCUGAUGUCUUCCCGCAAGACUCCGGGGAGUAUCGCUGUGAGGCGUACAGUGAGCAUGGAGACGCAGUCACUAGAGGCAUCGUCACUGUCAGAGAGGGCAGCACGAGCGUACAGUUCAGCAAGAAGCCGACCCCAGUGCUGACGUCUCCCGGCAGCACCGCCUCAUUCUGCGCGCGGGUCCACAGCGGCAGUGGCUGUAGUGCUCGGCCGCAGGUUUCCUGGACGGUGGCUGGCAGGCCCCUCGACUCUUCAAGGCACAAGGUGGAGUCGGAUGGAGACGUUCACAUACUUCACAUCUGUCCGGUGGAACUGUGUGACAACGGACAAGUGACAUGCGCGGCGCGUAACGGGAUGUCCGGUGACGAGGAAUGCGUUGUCAGGACGGAACUCACGGUGAGGGAUGAGGACUCCAGGUACGACGACAUCGGGUCGUGGUCCCUGCAGACGGAAGAUGAAGUGCCGGCAAUGUUGAUCCGGGGACCCUCAGACACCACAGCACUCCGCGGGGACAGGGUCGUCUUGAAGGCAACAUAUGUCGGGGUACCUCACCCUCUCGUUCGCUGGCUGAGAGCGGGCCACGAGCUGAGUUCUGGCGGCCGGGUGACCAUCACGGCAGAGGACGGAGUGGCGUGCCUUGUCAUUGAGAACAUCACCGCGGACGACAGCGGGAAGUACGUGGUGAGCGUGGAGAACAACCUGGGGGCAGACUGUCACUUCGCCUCGGUCGCUGUGGAAGGUCCUGCAGAUCCUCCAGCAGGCAAACCCUCAGUGUCUGGUAGUGGCAGCUCUGUGACUGUGGUGUGGUGCAGUGCCCCAUAUGAUGGAGGCUGUAUGGUGACAGGCUACUGUGUAGAAAUGAGGAGGAAACAGGACACAGAAUGGCAGGUAGUGACAGACAGGUGUCAUUCCUUGUCAUAUGUGGUUCCUGGUUUGACUCCUGGUGAGCAGUAUGUGUUCAGAGUUCGUGCAGAGAAUGCCCAUGGUUUGAGUGAGGCGAGUAUGGAAUCAGAGCCUUUCCAGCUGUGUUCAGAUGAGGAAUCUUUCUUGCCUGCAUUUGAGCCACGAGUAGUGACUGUGGCACCUGCUGAAGAGUUCAAAGCCAAUUUUGAAGUACUGGAGGAGUUAGGAAAGGGUCGCUACGGAGUGGUUCAUAAGGUGCAGGAACAUGCCACUGGACACAAGUAUGCUGCAAAGUUUAUUCGCUGCAUAAAGACCAAAGACCGAGAAAAAGUUCAGGAGGAAAUUGAUAUAAUGAAUGUCUUGCGGCAUCCAAAACUUCUGCAGCUGGCGGCAGCUUUUGAAAGCCCUAGAGAAGUUGUCAUGGUGAUGGAAUAUAUUUCUGGUGGGGAACUAUUUGAACGUGUAGUUGCAGAUGAUUUUACCCUCACAGAACGAGACUGCAUUUUGUUCAUGAGACAGAUCUGUGAAGGUGUGGAUUAUAUGCACCAGAAUUAUGUUGUUCAUUUGGAUCUAAAGCCUGAAAAUAUAAUGUGCCACACACGGACAUCACACCAAAUUAAGCUCAUUGACUUUGGGCUAGCCCAGAAAAUAAACCCAAAUACUCCUGUAAGGGUUUUGUUUGGCACCCCAGAGUUUAUCCCUCCAGAAAUUAUCAACUAUGAGCCAAUCGGGGUGGAAUCAGACAUGUGGUCUGUGGGAGUGAUCUGCUAUGUUCUGUUAUCUGGGCUCUCUCCGUUCAUGGGAGACAGCGAUGCCGAAACAUUUGCUAACAUUACUAGAGCAGACUAUGACUUUGAUGAUGAGGCUUUUGAUGCAAUUUCCCAAGAUGCCAAAGAUUUCAUCAGCGCUCUUCUUGUAAAGAGGAAAGAGAAGAGGCUGACAGCCAGGGAGUGUCUUCAUCAUACAUGGCUGGCACAACAUGAUGAGAAAAUGAGUUGUGUCAGGUUAAGCACAGAUAAACUGAAGAAGUUCAUAAUUCGCAGAAAGUGGCAGAAAACUGGGAAUGCCAUACGUGCCCUGGGACGCAUGGCCACAUUAUCAGCAGCUACUCGCCGCAACUCAAAUGCCAGUUCUACGUCCGGCAGUCCUAGACCCAGUUUAUCUGGAUGCUGUGGUACUGUAUCGAGGAUGUCAAGUCUUAACGAGGAAGAUCUGGAGGCUGCUGCAGACACUAACACCUCUAGUGACACUAACAGUGUGAUUAACGGGUUCAGUGAAAUCACGUUGACUAAAUCCAGCCGCAUGCGACUGUGCAGUGAGCGGAGUGACAGUGGUAUCAGCGACUGCUCUAGCAUUGCUACUCCAUCCCCUCACAGCCAUUGUCAGUGCCCAACAAAGCCUUUACUCAGCAAGAAAUUUUCUAUAACUGAGGAGAUGGAAACUUGUAGUGAGAAACUGAGUGAAUUGAUAGUCCAUGAUGCAUGUAAAAGCGGAAGAGUUUCUUCAGCAGUAGGCGGAAGUACUCAGUCUAGGGCCUCUCAUAUGGCUGUAGGAUUUAGUGAUAGAAAUGAUAGUAAUAACCCAGUGUCUUGCAAGAGUGCUGUUGGUAAUGUGCCUGCUUGUUCUUCUUCCUCAGCUAAAUAUAAUGCUAAAAAGACAGACAGCUUAAGGCAGCAAAGUUCUGUGGAUUCUGGUGUACAUAUGGACGUAGGAACAUGUCCAUCUCCAGACAUUCUCACUGAAAAAGGCUGUGCAAGGAGGAAAGAACUGGUCCAUUUCCAGGAGCAGCCAGAAAAGGACAUCUGUGAUACAGCUUUGCAUAAAGUUAGUGGUAUUGUCCAAGCAAGAAGCACAGUUUUAACAGAAGCGCAAGAAAAGGAAACUAAACCAAAGUCCACAAGUCGUAAGAAAACUCCUCUUCAUCAUCCACCUCCAAUUUCAACUUCAAAUGAACAUAGCACAAAUUAUCAGAAGGCUAUGGCAUUUUGGAAACGGUAGAGUUUGUAUGCUUGAGACAGAAUGAAUAUUUUAUGGGUUUUGUCUCACUGCAUUAAGAUUGCUACAAAACUCAUUCAUAAAACUACAUUCAUCCUCAUUUCUGGCAUCAUCUGUAUGCAUUAUAUAUUGCUCUAACCAAAAUAUUUAUUACAAAGAACAAAUUGUUUGCUUUAACAUAAGCCAUGAUUUUUGGUAGACUAUUUUUUACACAGCUUACUUGAUUCCUGAAUAGUUGAGGGUCAAUAUUUUUAACUACCUUAAAGUAAACUGAACUGAUUGAAGAAAUGUUUUUAGUCCCAAGAGAAAGUAGUGAAGUGAAAGAAAGUGUCAUAACAGAAGUAUAAAACUGUAUACCACUAAACAUAAACCAAUAUUAAAACAACCAGAUUAAAGGUUUUGCCUUGUAUUUUGUAUAUAUAGUGAUUAGUUUGUCCUAUUAAGAUAUUUGAAUAUUUGCUCCUGUUAUGUAUGUGUAUGUAUCUACUGUUACACAGAGCUGUAAUAAAAUGACACUAUUUACCUAUGAG